AUGAAGUCGUCUCUGUACGACAGGGUCUUUGAGAGAGAAUUAGGCUAUCGGCCCCACAAUGUCAGCCUCGAAGGCCUCUAUGGCGCCUCGGAGUGGAUCGAUGACUUGGAUAUUGUCAAUGAGCUUGGAGGGCACACGGGAUGUGUCAAUGCUCUGAGCUGGUCAAACUCUGGACGGCUGUUAGCAUCCGGGUCCGAUGACACUUACCUCAAUAUUUACUCAUAUCAACCCGAUUCAUCGACAUCUCCGUUUGCUCUGACCACUUCGAUAAGCACAGGUCACACAGCAAAUAUUUUCUCCGUCAAGUUUAUGCCCCAUUCCAACGAUCAGACCCUCCUUACCUGCGCCGGAGACUCCGAAGUCAGAGUAUUUGAUGUAGAAUAUUCGUUUAAAAAUGCUUCCAACGCUGCUGCCGCCGCCGAUACAUUCUCCGCAACAAGAAGCCGGCGAAUGACCGACUUCUUCACUGGCGUUCGUUAUCUCAGUCAUCACAACACAAAUAACCGCGUCUAUCGCUCUCAUUCCGAUCGCGUCAAAAGAAUCGUGACCGAGUCGUCCCCGUAUCUGUUUUUGACCUGUUCAGAAGAUGGCGAAGUGCGACAGUGGGACUUGCGUCAACCGUCGUCGACAUAUCCCGCCCCACGUGGUGGACAAGGAUUCAUGGCCUAUCGACCCGGCGUGCACCAUGAUGACUCCAACAUCCCAGCUCCUUUGAUAUCGUAUAAGCAGUAUCACCUCGACCUCAACACGAUAUCAUGUUCUGCGUCUCAACCUCAGUAUAUCGCAUUGGGUGGUGCUCAUCUGCAUUGUUUUCUCCACGACCGCCGGAUGACUGGACGCGAUCUACUGGCGGAGAAAGGUCAAUUGAAUGGAUUGACUCCCUUGGCAGGCUCCGUCGAAGACGAAAUUAUGAGCAAAGCAACUAGAUGUGUCCGGAGAUUCGCACCGAAAGGUCAGUCUAAAAUGAAGCCUCACGACACUGACGGCAUCACUGCUUGCAAGAUCAGUGACGCGCGGCCGAAUGAGAUGGUAGUGAGCUGGUCCGGAAACCAUGUUUAUAGUUUCGAUCUUAUUCGUAGUCCGGAUGCGCGAGAGGGAGAGAGGAGCGACGAAGUCAAGAGUAUCAGCUCGACCAAGAAGCGCAAGCGUGAGAAAAUUGCGUCCGCUACAUCACUGUCAAGUGGCAACGCGAGACCCCGGUCUUAUCUGCGAUCAGAUGAUACUCCCGCCGAAGGUCUUGAGAUGUCGUUUCAGGUGCGCUAUGGUAAUGGAGAAUCAGAGAAUAUUCCAAUCUCGAUGACGACUGAGCACAACAGUGACACGGCCGAAGAUGUCAUAGAAAGAGCGCGAUCUUCCGUGCUGACUGAAGCGCAAAAGUUGAGUUUGGAAAUCGCAAAGUGCCUUGUCAAAAUGCGCAAAGCUUUGUUUUCUCUUGAGGCAUCCGUACGAGAGAUAUCACAGGCUCAGCGGCAUUAUGAUCUUGAUUCAUAUCAACCAGCUUUUGCUACCGUUCUAAGCCAUGCGUCUGUUUGCCUGAACCAAAUGGACGAAGUCAAUAGGUCGUGGAGAUACCCAAUAAACCCAUCUGAGGAUGUCGUUAUCAUGCAGCAAACCCUCAGAAGGAACCGUGAGGCUGCUCGACGUUUUGUUCAGGCCUGUGGAACUUUGGCUGUGUCUCUCGGGGCUUGUGUGAAUGAUUCUCCUGGAGUAGAGGAUAGUCGGAUAGCGUUCUUUCGGCACAUAGUUCCAGCCCCUUCAGAAAACGGUAUAAUCGAUACGGAAUCUCAGUUUGGUUAUGACUUUAUAAAGGCAAUUCUGCUGUGGCUAGAUGGCGGUCGUCAGGCAGUCCUCGAAGGAUUCAAGCUCGGUCGAAAUUCCUCUCGGAAUCGUUCUCGUUUUCCCAUUCCGGAGCAUGAGGGUGAUCAAGGGAUCGAACGUUAUCUUAUCCCCUACCUGCGGGCAUUACUCGACUCAAUUCCUGUCGUACCUGUCGUUGAUGUAGAUGCUUCCCGUUUUGAACAUGACGAGUCACGGAUCAUUUUCCCAACACAGCACGCUGCACUCGCUGCUUUUGAAAAGGCUGCCCAGCUUCCGUUGGAAGAGUUAGAGGAUGCAGCAGCAGUAGAAGAUAGCGACGAUUCACCCGAACAAAUGGUUCGUGCUUUGAACAGACGUGCUGCGACAAAAUUCUGGGGACUCAGGGUGGGGCGUGGUUUGUUAAUGAAUGUUGGCGAAGGCAUCGCUUUUGAAUUCGUCAACCGUGCAUUUGGAGGUCUGCGAACGUUCUUAAAGGAAGAUAAUGAAGACGACGAGUGCGAACGCUUACAAGAGGACAUUGACUUGGAAGACAAUUCGGACGAAAUCGAAGAAGUUCGGCUUGUUGCUAACCGAGUCAAUGGGCAUACCGCAAAUUUGGACGGGAUUCGCGCAGCCACAGCCACAGCCCSGAGCCAUACCAAUGGCGUUAUCGAUGUUUCCCCAGACGAGUCUGAUGACUUUGAUAUGUUUGAAGACGAAAGAGCGAGUUUUGAAUUUGGUUACACUGAUGACGAAGAUAAUGAUGUGAACGACGGCGACGACAAUGACGACUUCGAUGAGGGCGAACAGGAUGCCGAUGACGAUAUUUUCGGAUUUUUGAAUCACGGCGGUCUCUCGAACAACCGUCGGGACAGGGAAGAAGUUGACCUGGACGUUCCCUGUGGAAGUCAUGAGAUGAUCUAUAGCGGGCAUUGCAAUAUCAAGACUGUCAAGGAUGUCAAUUAUUACGGACUGGACGACGAGUAUGUUGUUAGCGGAUGCGACUCUGGUCAUGUUUUCAUGUGGGAUCGGAAAACGGCAAAACUAGUCAACAUUCUGGAGGGUGACGGAGAGACGGUGAAUAUCGUACAAGGUCAUCCAUACGAGCCGACUUUGGCUGUCUCCGGACUUGACAAUACGAUCAAGAUCUUCUCUUCCGAUAGACGGGCACAGCACGAUGCCCGGCACGGAGUCAAUAUACUCAAUCCAGAGCAUCCGGCAAAUAUGUUUGGGGUUCGUCCGCGCAGUACAGACGGCAGCUCUCAAGUCUUUGGUCUUCGAAGUUGCAAGCGAGUCAAGAACAGCUAUCAGAUCAUGAGUCAGAACGACAUUCAAAGACAGGGUGGACUCAGCGAUGCUUAUAUCACUAGAAGUAUGUUGGCUCGACUUGCCACGACACUUGGGCAGCGCCAUACGCUUGGAGCUGGCAAUGCUGCAACCACAGUAGAUGUGGGCGAAGGUGCUACUUUGGUAGUCGACGAAAAUUGCACAGUCUGCAAUAACUACGAUCCCCACAAUCCACAAAUAUACCUCGACCGAGCAAAACUCCACACAACAUUGGGUUUCCAUGACCUCUCUGCAGCGGACGCUUACAGGGCAUUGACGCUACUGGAAUGCGUGACUGAGCCUGAUUCAGCCGAAUAUGUUGCUCGGAGGCGAGUAGACAACCAGAAUGAAGGGGAAGACGAGGAGGGGGAGGCAGAGUUCGUCGAUAUCACUGAAUCAGAGUACGAGUCGAUGAUUGGCGAGACAUAUCUCCUGCUUGUCCAAAGUCUUGUCAAAUGUGGAUGUUUGAGAGAUGCGUUUGAGUUUCGAAGUAGAGCUAUUGAGCAUUUGUUAUCCUUGGACGCAGGGUUUCAGGAGAUCAUAUGCCAUCUGCAAAACGUGGACAAAAGACUGGAUAUUCCCGCGGAAAAAUUGGCUACGCUCCCAGGCCAGGGAUACGCACGCAGAGUCCUCUAUUCAUGGAAUGAGCACGAACCAGACCGUAAGGCGCCCGAGACACUGAACCUGCUCAACAAACGCCUCGAAACAGUUGCACCGAAUCUAGAAGUCAAAGCCGUCGCAUUACCGGCUUUACAUGGGGAUGCCAGCAAUGAAAAGGAAGGAGAAGUGUCGGUUCAACUAGGUCUCUUCGCCAAACGAGAUCUUCAAGCCGCCGAAAUCGUCUUACGCGAAUCGUCGCUCUUAACGGCCACGAACCGCCUACACGACGACCUGUGCGAUGCCUGCAACGGUCCGCUACCAGACCUAUCAGACCAAGAUGCAGGAGCGGUAGCAUGCGAAGAAUGCGACGACACAAUCUUCUGCAGUCAAAAAUGCCACGACGAAGCGCAAGGAACCUACCACGGCGCCAUAUGCGGGCAGGAAGGGCUCGACUCAAUCGGCAAAGAUGUCGCUGAUCCAAAGGACAAGGCUGAUUACCUAUAUUUUCUUUUGCUGGGCAGAGCAAUCGCGAUGGCCGCGACGCAGGAUUUGCAUCCGCUAGACUUGCCGGAGAUCAAAUAUAUAUGGGGGGAUUUCCACGAGUACACACCAGAUGACACUACAAAGGAAGAAGUGUUGAAAGACGAGUAUUCACUCCCGUUCUCAUUCCAGCUAAACAUCUUACAACCAACACGCCUGCUCGAAGAGAUGGGUCUAGACCCAUUUACGACUCUGGAUCGAUACGAUACCUGGAUUCUGAAUACGCUUUAUGCAAAAUUUAGAGGCACGGCGUCGGGUCGACUGUCGACCUGGGACGGAGGCCCGGAGGUAUGUGCUGUACAUCCGCUAUGGUGUCUGGCGAAUCAUUCCUGUGAUCCGAACGUGCGAUGGGAAUGGGGUGGGGAGAUUUGCUUCAUGGUUCGAACGAAAGAUGAGAAGGCUGUUUGGAGACGAGAGAUUGAUGGUGUGAAGGAAGAGAAGACGACGGUGGCAGUGGAUGAGAAGGUUAUGAUUCGGAAAGGCGAAGAGAUUCUGAAUCAUUAUUGUGAUAUUGGGAUCGAUGUUCGGGAGAGGAGGGAGUGGGCUGCUGGUGCGCUGGGGGGGUUAUGUCGUUGUGCGAGAUGUCAAUGGGAGGCUGCGGAAGAUUAG